GGUAAGGCACGUAUUUAAAGAUCGGUAAUUUUGUUUAACUGCAAUAAAAGUAACAUAGUGAGAUAGUGUUUUACAUGUACUAUUAAAACUUAAUUUUAAUUAUAGAAAUAAUAAAUGAUUUUUCGUCAUAAAUAACAAGUUAGAAGCUAGUAUACAAAGUCUAAAAAGAUUAUUAAACACAAAUACAUGAUAUUCUAGUAAGAAAUAAGCAACAACUAAACAGUUUUAAGUUCUUAAGAAAUAUAAUUAUUAUUAUGUUACGUGGUUACAAUCUGAAAAUAAAGUGCGUGGAGGCCAUACACCUCUUGGAUGAUCUACAUUUUCUUGACAGUGCCGUUUCCAAUUCAGUGAUUUGUCAAUGGAAACUGGCGUGUUUCGUACUAAUUAUUUUAAUUGUUGGCGAGGAAAGACCAAAUAAUAGUCAUGUUGACAGGAAGAACUACAUAGAAAAAUAUUUCCUUCGGAGCACUAUUCAUACAACCUUAUAAACGACAGGUAUUGCCCCAAUGUGUGAAAUUGUAUUACCGUUUGAAUCCUGUCCCUAGUGCUGGAACAACUUGUUCAAUUAUAUUGUUUUUGUUUUUUUCGUCCUGGGAAAUGUGUUGGUGCCUGAUACAGCCUGGUUGGAAGUGUACGUAACAGUGCCAGUGAAUAUAUAAUUUUACAAGAUUGAAGUGGAAAUAGUUAUUGCAAAUAUUUAUUCAGCUUCUUGACAAUGGAUUGUGGAAUGUUUGACCGCAGAGAAUAAAACAUAAGAGAGAUGUGUAAACACGUGUUCUUUCAAUUACUGCUUUGAAAUUUUCAGGUUAUAAACGUUCAAAAUUUAAUUUUGUCUGAACUUACCAGAUGUUGACUUUUUUAAGCAAGUAUGUUUCCCAACAUGAUAUGUUGUAUGCUAAAUGAAUAAAAUGUUUCUCAAGCAUUAAAGAUGUUAAUGACAGAUGUUACAUUUUUUCAACUUUUUGAAUCACACAUACGACAGUGAUGACGCAUUCGAAUAUAAAGAUAUAUGUACUCAGGACUACAUAAGUCCAUUUUACGUGUAAUCAGACACAAUCAAGUAAACAGUGACUCAAAUAAAGUAAAGAUAAUUAUACAUUGUCUUACGUAUUUACGUCUGCAGAAGUCCUCUGGAAUGUGUGCGACUGAGACUAAAAGAGACGGUACAAGAUGUUCAUCUGCACGGAAAGAAAUGUCCGUCCCUGGGAAAGCAUUUUCAGAAAAAAAAGUCUGUAUUAACAGUUAUGGAAUUACAUCGCCUUGUUAAAAUGUGAUUUUUCUUAUCAUAAUUUUGAAUAAACACUAAUGAUAAAGUUUUAAAUUUUGCAGAUAUUAGUCGGAUUGAUCUGGUAUACAAUAGAUACUCCAACAUAAUUAUCGAAGUUCGUUGAUACAUACAUGCAAAUACACACAGACUUGCAAAUUCAUUCUAUCGAAAAUCGGCCACUUUUGUUGAAACAUGUGGACAAAAAGGUCAUCAAUACGAAUCGGCCAUCGUUAUGGAAAUCGGUCUGCAUUGUGGGACUAGCCAGUGAUAUGAAGGUUUCAAAUAUAAAAGUGACUUUUCAGUUUGACUUGUUAACAUGUACAAAUUACUCUGCUAUUAUCUUCAUAAAGCAGUGUUCUUAUAUCGACAUUCCUUAUUCCGAUUUCUAUCGUUACUCAUGUUUACAAUUCUUGUUGAUUAUUUUCUGCAAUAACAAAGUAUAUGAUGAAGUAGCUAAAUACUAAGGAAGUGUAUAAAUUCUGAGGAAACAGAACCUGUGAUUUAAACUUUAGCUUUUUGAAAAGGAAAGAUAUGAUUUUUAUGAUAAGAAGAAAAUAAAUGGCAGUGAAAGCGGCACGACUAUAAAAUUUAAUCACGCUUGUUUUUCGUUUUGAGUAAACAUAAUAGAAGAUGAAUGACCAAUUUAAGCAAAUACUACUGUGUUUCAUUCUACUUUUAUCCAUCUUUUAUUCUGUGUUUACUGUCGUGAUCUGGAAUGGAAACGAAGGUACACAGAAGACUACUUCCUAUCAGUCUAGGUAUAGAGAAAACACUUCAGAAAGAACCCAAACGUAUGCAUAUUACAACAUGACAGAAACCAUAUCCGAAAGAACGGCCCUACUGAAAGGUGUCCCCAUUUAUUUGCCUCGUCAAAUGACUAGUAAGAGUCGAAGUACAUCCCCUAGUAGUCAUACAGAUUACAAGCUAAGGUUUCUACCAAAUUUCAAGAAUCCGUGCUGGAGAGAAAUAUUAGGUAAUAAUGUUUGUACCGUUUGUUUGCCCUAUUACUUUUUGGUCGGCGUAGAAAAAUGUGGGACAUCAGACUUACAUCGACGGUUGUUGAAACAUCCCCUUAUUUCACAAAACGUUAAGAAAGAGACUCACUGGCUUGCACGACUGAGAUUCACCACAGAAGGAAUGCAGUCAUUAUCAGCAUAUCUGGAAUUAUUUCAAGAUGCCGUUCAGAAAGAUAUAACAGUGAUUCAACAAAAUGGAUACUACAACUCUAUAUUUGGAGACGCGUCAGUUUCAACACUAUGGGAUAACAGGUAUUUGCUAUCCAAUGUGUUUACCGCAAACAUGACUACACCCCCUUACACGAACGCAAAUGUAGUUUACAGUUUGAAUCCGCGUACAAAAAUAAUUGUCAUCUUGAGAAAUCCUAUUACAAGACUGUACUCGAGCUAUUUGUUUUUUUACAAGAAUACAAGUAUUGUAGAUUUUCAUAGGAGAGUUGAUACCUCUGUACAAAUCCACAACAAGUGUUUGAAGAGCAACAGUUUACGUUACUGUGCAUAUUUUGUACAUGGUCAGAUUAGACUGCAUAUUGGUUUGUAUUAUAUUUACAUAGAGGAUUACUUGCGUGUUUUUCCUCGACAACAAAUAAAGGUGCUUCGAUUAGAAAAUUUCACACGAAAUAUUGCUGGAACAAUGGAGGAGGUUUUCAACUUUUUGGAAGUAGGAGUUCCGUCGGAACAUAUUAUGCAAAAGAUCACAGCACAAGAGAAAACGAAUACUAACACAAGACGUCUUCGUAUUGUUGGAAAAAUGUUUCCUAGAACAUGGACAACUUUGUAUAACUUCUAUAAGCCAUAUAACGACCGUCUCGUUGAGCUAUUAGGAAACGAAUAUAAUUAUAACUAGUCUUACUAUAUAUAUAUAUAUAUAUAUAUAUAUAUAUAUAUGUUCAGUGUACAUGUUCUGUUAAUAUUUUUUACUGAGUGAUUAUCAGAUGCAAUAUUACUAUGAGUGUCAGUGUACAUUUGUUCAGUGUACAUAUUCUGUUAAUAUAUUUUUACUGAGUGAUUUUCAGAUGCAAUAUUACGGUGAGUGUCACACUCACAGUUAAAAUGUAAAAUAUACUUUUCACAAUGGAAACGUAGUUACAUCUUGCAUGUUAAACAAAGAACCUUAAUUCUAUUUAAUGUAUUUUAAAGGUUUUUCCGGUAACACAACCACAGUUAAAUACAUUGCCUCGUGAAGUCACAAAAUCAUGCUAUAACAAAAUCUAUGUUGAAAAAAAACUGAAAUAAUGCUACAAAGAUUCCAGUUUUAUUUCACAUGUAAAUACAGUAUGCGUUUAUUUUAUGUCGGUAAGGGUAUUUGUGUCAAUCAGUAUGAAUUGAAAUCAAUUUUAAAAGUAAUUUCUGAAUAUUUUAAUACAUAUUCUUUCGCAUUCAAGUGAACAUGUAGGUUUAAAAAGAGAAAAAUAGCAUUGAUAUUUUACUGCUUCAAAACGGUGAAUGUUUCAAUUUAAUUUCACUGACAUAUUCCAGUAGUUCACAAAAGAUCAGAAAAUAAUACACAAUGAAACAGUAGGUCUAGUUUAUGACGGGACAUAGUAUUUGAAGACACCGGAUCUCGUAUCAGUGUGAGAAAAUUUACUGAACUACGGGUAUACGGAUAUAUCACAAUAAUACAGUCAUAAACUUUGCAAAGAAUAAACUGAGAUUUUGUUUAAUCUGUUGUAGAUGAAUUGAUAAAUAUACAUUGAGCCAUGUAAACAUAAAACAUUGCUGAAAGUACAUGUCUUACAAGAAUCAAAUGAAAAACAAUUCAGUAUAUAACUGACAUAAUAUAGUUAACACUUUGAAGUAAGAGAAUAUUUCUUCGCUCCCAAUGAAAUCUGAAACUCGUAAACCAAACCAUGUGUAUGUAGUGUAAAAUAGUUUUUGAAUAUAUUAUCAAAGAGGUAGUCUGUGUUCUUCAGUCCUUCGUUCCGUCACACUUCGUGUUCGGUUAACACCUCUGCAAUCCGUUAAGGGAUUUUAAUGUAACCUUGCACAAAUGUUCCAUAUUGUGGGUUAUUUUUAAGACCCAUAUCCCUAGGUCAAGGUCACACUAAAAGUUCAAAUGUUAACUGGGUCUGGUUUGUCCGCUCUGUACCUAUGCCAUUUAUUAGGGGAUUUUGACAUUGUUUGCCAAAGAUAUUUUCCAUAUUGAGACAGUAUUUAAUACUUCAAACCCAUUUUCCUAGCUUUAAUGAAAAGUUCACACUUUGAGGCCAAAGCUUUAGAGUCUCGCUUUCAUGUCCGGUAUAUUAGUCUACCAUAAAUUGAUUUCAAAAUUACUUGGUACAAAUUAGACGAUACGGUAGUGGAAAUCCAUGCUACCGUCCACGCCCUCUAGCCCCGGGUUGAGCAGAACUCAACAUUUACACAUGCUAAAAGUAUA